GGUUGAGUUCCCCGGCUCAGGCCCCAGGGGCCGAGGACAGACCUGAACACAUUAGCGUCCACAGAGGCCCCUCUCCAGCCUGGGCAGAGGAACCCCCAGUGCAGGGCAUGGGGGUGGGCGGCCCCUCCAGAUUUGGGGCGCCUGCCCCCCGCUAGGCCAAGUAGAGGGGGGUCUCCCCGCCCAAUGGGCCUGGCCAGGGCCCUGCGCCGCCUGAGCGGCGCGCUGGAGUCAGGAAACAGCCGAGCUGGCGAUGAGGAAGAGGCAGGGGCCGGGCUGUGCCGCAAUGGGUGGGCGCCCGCACCGGUGACUGGGAGCCGGCGCCGCGGGCGCUUCGUCAAAAAAGAUGGGCACUGCAAUGUGCGCUUCGUGAAUCUGGGUGGCCAGGGCGCGCGCUACUUGAGUGACUUGUUCACCACAUGUGUGGACGUGCGCUGGCGCUGGAUGUGCCUGCUCUUCUCCUGUUCCUUCCUCGCCUCCUGGCUGCUCUUCGGUCUGACCUUCUGGCUUAUCGCCUCACUGCAUGGUGACCUGGCGGCCCCGCCGCCCCCGGCGCCCUGUUUCUCACAGGUGGCCAGCUUCCUGGCUGCCUUCCUCUUCGCGCUGGAGACGCAGACGUCCAUAGGCUAUGGUGUGCGCAGCGUUACCGAGGAGUGUCCAGCUGCUGUGGCCGCCGUGGUGCUACAGUGCAUCGCAGGCUGUGUGCUCGACGCCUUCGUCGUGGGAGCAGUCAUGGCCAAGAUGGCCAAGCCCAAGAAACGCAACGAGACGCUGGUCUUCAGCGAAAACGCAGUGGUGGCUCUGCGAGACCGCCGCCUCUGCCUCAUGUGGCGGGUGGGCAACCUGCGCCGCAGCCACCUGGUGGAGGCUCACGUGCGGGCCCAGCUGCUGCAGCCCCGUGUGACCCCGGAGGGUGAGUACAUUCCGCUGGACCACCAGGAUGUGGAUGUUGGCUUUGACGGAGGCACCGACCGCAUCUUCCUCGUAUCCCCCAUCACCAUUGUGCACGAGAUUGACUCGGCCAGUCCACUGUACGAGCUGGGGCGGGCAGAGCUGGCCCGGGCUGACUUUGAGCUGGUGGUCAUCCUCGAAGGCAUGGUUGAGGCCACAGCCAUGACGACACAGUGCCGCUCAUCUUACCUCCCAGGUGAGCUGCUCUGGGGCCAUCGCUUCGAACCAGUCCUUUUCCAGCGCGGCUCCCAGUAUGAGGUUGACUAUCGCCACUUCCAUCGAACAUACGAGGUCCCAGGGACACCAGUCUGCAGUGCCAAGGAGCUGGAUGAACGGGCAGAGCAGGCUUCCCACAGCCCUAAGUCCAGUUUUCCUGGCUCCCUCGCUGCAUUUUGUUAUGAGAAUGAACUUGCUCUGAGCUGCUGCCAGGAAGAGGAGGAAGACGAGGAUGCUAAGGAGGGGACUUCAGCAGAGAUCCCAGAUCGGGCUGACAGUCCCCAAGCUCUUACACCAACCCUGGCACUGACCCUGCCUCCAUGACACAGCUGAGGCCCACUUCCCCAUGUGGCUCCCCUUCCCAUUGGGAGGAGGGGGUUUCCAAGGACCAGUGGCUGAGACAACCAUUACCCAUGAGGUUGUCUACCACAGACAAUACCAGACCUUCAUUUCUCUGCUCCAUCCUCACUCUCAAGACCCUUUAGGAGCUGGAUUCCUGCGGCUUACGAGAGCUGAGGGAUCCACAUUUCUGGACCAUCCCAGAGGCAAGGCAUAAAGGCUGGAUUCUGGUCAGAUUUCAGUGAGACACAUGGCUUCGGAGAAGAAGAUGUCAAUUUACACAGAUCAAGAAGCGGAGUCAAGUGACGAUGGCUUUGCUACCCUCAGGAGGAAGAGGGAAGAGUACUCCAAGGAUUCGGGAUCAUCAUGAUUGGCCAAAGACAGACUGGUGCCCGGACUCUAUGUGAAGAAAAGUCCAAGAGUUGAGAUCCUCUAAGUCUAGGUUGACAGGGGGGAUUCUAGAACAAGCUGGCUAGAGAGGGGACCUACUCCAGAAACCACAACACACAGAGCAUCGGUAGGACUAAGAUGACGUGAGGCUCCUGAUGCCCGAGAACUCUAGCAUACUGGCUCUUUAGAGUCCAGCUAAGGGAGUGAGUCUGGCUUCUCCGUGUCCACAGGGUAAAUCUGCUUUUGUUUGAAGUGCCAUUCUUAGAGCAUCCAAAGGAAUCAGGAUUCUGUGAGCCGAGGUUGAUCAGAGUCCAGCAGAAGUCUAGAUGCCUGUGCUUUGCUGCUCCACUUUGCCCAGAGGGUUGGGGAGCUCCAUGACCAUGGGUGACUUCCUGUGUGGUUUUAUAAUGCCAACAGGAAUCAAAGCUCCAGGGACCCAGAACUGUCCUUCCCCAAAGUCCUAGUCACCUUCAGAUGGACAGCCUGGUAGUCCUGGGAGGCAGACGCUUUUCUGGGCGGAGCUUGCAAGCAAGAGCCUAGAAGAAGAUCCCAGGGCUAGAGGGCAAUGGAAGG